AAAUAGUUACACAUUCAGUCUUAUACACGCCAACAUAUAUCACAAUAUUCAAAAAAGAGCAUAGGAAAUACUAUUCUGCAUAAUAUAGUUUAUAUUGGCAUACACAGCAAACGAAUCACUGCUGCCCAUCGUUCGCCAUCCUUAAUUUUUCAGUAUAAAUUAACACGAAUACUUCGACUUUUUAUAUGAAUAAACCGUUUUUAAAUUGGUUACACAGAAACAAAUGCCUUAAUUAAAUGGGAAUUGAGUUACUUGGAAUCAAUUAGAUGUGCCUUAUCCAUAUUGUGUUCCUUGUUUAUUUUAUAUGGAUUGACAUUAAAAAUGAUAUAAACUUCGAGUUUAGACCAUAGUCUAUGCCAAUGGCAACGCAAAAGAAUCUAGGGGAUACAAAAGAGGAGGCAUCUCCAUCACCUAAAACAAGGUGGUCCAUAUGGGAUGUUUUAUUCAGAUCAUCGCAAACACAAGACAGUUCGACGUCAACAAACUCCAAUGACAACUUAUCGGAAGAAAACCCACCGAAACUCCGCAGUACCUUUAAAAGUCCGGGGUCAUUUAUCGCAGCACUGCAGACAUCUGAUGAUAUAUCCCACCUUAUGGAUGACCUUAGGAUCUAUGCAAAGCUAAAUCAAUCGUCAUUAAAAGUAACUGAUGAGAAAACCAUGGCAGUUUUCCACUGGAGGACGGGUGGUAACGAAGUCUACCUAAUGUACGAUGAAGGAGGUGAACGAAUCAAGGCACCGAUGAGGAGAAAUGGGAAAAGUUUCAUGGCAGUGCGAUACAUACCCAGGGAAGUCAUUGAAUAUACAUUCCUAGUGGAUGGAAUAGAGAUGUGUUCACCGGAUUUGCCAACCAAGGUCACACCAGAGGGUAAAAAAGUCAAUAUUAUGGACGGCAGUAAUACACUACCCAUAGAAAAGGUAUUCGAACUUGAUUACAGGGAUAAAAGCAUUGGCGAAUAUGGAAAUGAUAUGCCAGAUGCACAUUACAUGUCACAGGAUCCCUUAACCCUACCUAACGCGAUGAUGUACAGGUCGCCAGACUUCGUAAACGGUGAUCGUGUUGGAAAUGAUAUUCACGUUAUGUCCAAUCAUAUUUACGAAGAUACGCAGUCUGCAACAAUAUUCGGAUCAGGAUAUACAAGCUAUAUCACAAUAUACGGCUGGGAAUGUACAGCUACAGAUAUAUCUAUAGCCAGGAAUAGCGUCGCCAUUAUAUACGUAACGCAAUCGAGCAAAGUAUACAGCAAGCCAAAUAAUGAGAACGGUAUUCUAUGGUUCAAUGUAACAGAUUAGUGAGACGAAUGUGUAUAACUAUUGGAUAUCUUGUAGAAUCCUAGACGAUAAAGAUGCAGCAUACUCAAACAAAGUUACACAAU